AUGUCAAAUCAAGUAUCGAACGACGAAGCUAGUGCGUCGAUUCAGGAUGACAAGGUAGACGCCAGCGUGAUUUCGUUUCAUGAUCUGAUCGCAGCACCUCGAGUAAUAUUGGCAAUGUUGGCGAGCAAAGAGAACUUUAAUGCGUUGGUUGGGCUUGCUGAAUCUCUUGGACUGAAGUUGGAUGAGCUGCAAAUCCUGUUGCUGAAGAAUAUGAUUACUGCAAACAUGCAGUAA